AUUUGGAAAAAGGAACGAAAUUGUAGGUGGCUCCACGACAGUAAUGCGGUUCGACAACAAUUGUCGUAGUUCGUUAAAUAAAUUGGCUUCACAAUUUCAGUAAAGGUGAAAAGAAGUAAAUAAAUGAGAAAAUUAGACGUGCAAGAGGCCUGGGGUGCCGAGAGGUUAGAAGCGCAAUUAGAAGCCGCUCGAGAUGGUCUUCGAGGACUCGAUCGAAGUAUUCGAAAAAUUUUGGGCCGAGAUCUCCCUGAUGGAGAGAACGGUCCGCUACAACCACCACCCAGAUUAUCACAAAAGAGACCAUUGCAAGAGGAUAGAAGACGUGUUGUUUCUGAUUUUGUCAACAACGAGCUACCUGGUGGGAAAAGGAGAUGGCAAGGUUCAAAUGGUGAACCAAAAACAGUUUUCAGUCGAUUAAGUGCACGUGUACCUUCUAACAAUGAUGACAGUGCUGAUGAAGAUGACAAUGUUAUUAAGCCUGCAGUGUCUUCUAGAGUGAUAGCAACACCAAGAGAAAUUCCAUCUAGACAGGAAGUUAUUAGACGUGAAAGAAUAGACGAACGUAGCAGGCAAAGGAAUAAACGAAUGUUUGGAGCUCUUUUAGGAACAUUACAAAAAUUUCGCCAGGAAGAAACUAAAUUAAAAGCAAAAGAAGAUAAAAAGGCAGAAGUAGAAGCAAGAGUAGAGGAAGCUAGAAGGAGAGAAAAAGAAGAAUUACGACGAGAAAGACAACAGUUGUUUUUGUCACGUAAACGGCAACUAGCUGAAGUCCGAGCGUUGGAAGCAAAGUUGGCACGCAGCCGACAAUUUCAGGAUUGGCGCGCUGCACAAUUACCACUUGCUUCGUUUAUAAAAACACGUGCCCAGCCUCCUAUUUAUUAUGUACCAAAGCGUAAACAUCCACAAACUGAUGUAUUAUUAGCACAAUCUGCAAAAGAAUUACAUGAGGAAAUUGAAAGAAGAGAGAAGGCACUGAUUGAAGAGCUCGAACUUAUAGAAGUACAAGUAGGUCUUGGAAAGCAUCAACAGAAUUUCGAUGGAUCGACAACAUUAAAUACAACAGCGGAAGUUCCGCAGUCGACGGAAGAAGGAGAAGAAAAUCGUGAUCCAAAUCCAGAGAAAAACUUAGAAUCAGAGAAUAACGAACCGGCUGAUGUUUCCAUAAAAUCUGACAAGGAUGAAAAUUACGAAAACAUAAAUGAUAUCGAAAAGGAGGAAGUUAAGGUAGUUGAAGUAAAGGAUGAAAAUAAUGGCUAGUAUUAAAUGUACUUACAGUGACUGUACAUAUUCGUACAUUGAAUGGUCCAACGAAGAGAAAAAUGUUUUCUUACACAACACAAGUGUAGAUGAAUUUUACAAUUUUCAAAAGAAGAAAAGAUUUCAUUUUUUACUUAUCAUAUAAAUAUAAAUUCAUUCCUUCCAUCAAAUUACAUACUCAUUUUUUCAUCAUGCGUCAAAUGACGGACAUUAUUUAGAUUUUUCUUAGAUAUAAGAGACAUACAAUCGGGAGUAGUUCUAUUUCACUGAAAUCCCAUAUUUUUUAAAUGUUAUAUAUUUGUAUCAUGGCUGUUGUAGAAUAUUAUUUAACUAAAUACCAUCGUGUAAGUAGACUGGAUAAAAAUCCUGAUGAAGAAAUAAGUAUGUCGAUGAACAGUCGUAAAUUGAUUCGAUACAUUUGUAGAUUGAAAAACAUGUAAAAUAGU